UGUACAGUACUAAUACUACGUAGUACAUAAAUUAGGCUGACAAUUGUACUGCACGAUCUGUCUUCUAUCCGCAGCAGCAGCGACGUAAAUCUAUCCACUGCAGGCGCUUAGCGGAGACGAGGUGGGUUCAUGGAACAAGGGAACGCAUGGAAGUCGUGGUGGUGACGGCGACGCGACGGGGGGCUGCAACAUGGCGUCCAAGAUGGCAAACGUAGAUGCGUCCAACACCACGUCCAGGCUGUCGUCCAAGGCUGUAGUUGAUGGAGGAUGUUGCCAUGCGGACGAAUAUGGCACCCAUGUCGCGGAGAACGAAGGUGGGGAUGGAAUCAGUCUGCCUGGGACGGCGUUCGAAGGUGUCGACGACGGCAGACAAGAUGAUCUCCAUCGAGGGAGCAGCUGUGCGGAUGGUAAACAGGUUGGACCUGAUCGUGUGGGAGCUGAAGUGGACGCUGACGGCAGCGGCAGCGCUAGUUGGAACGUCCGCGGAAGGGGGGGAUCGAUGGAUUCGUCAAAUACACAGCUCAAGUAGUCUGCAAUGUCUUGCGCGGCGACCACUUCCUUGACGAUCUCGCGCUUGAUGCGAAGGAUGUUGUCUUCGAUGUCGUCGACGACGGCGCGGCGGUCGAGCUCGCCUUGCCUCCUCGGCUGAAUGUGCAGGAGACGCUUGAGGUUUCCCCGUUGAAAGUCCACGUGGCUGCAUUCAAUGGCUGUGGAAGUCGAUGCCAAGGUCACAGGGUGCUGCCGAAACCCAAAGCGUGCGAGCUCCGCCAUGAACUUGGUCCAGUUCGAGUGCGAAAAGUACUUGGGAAGCAAGGUCGUGGCAAACACGUUGGGGUGAACGAUUAAGAACGAGAGACUGUCGGACGCCCACAUGGCGACGGUCGGCGACGACAGCGACUCCUUCUCCAGCAGGAAGUACAACGUCUUGACGAAGCGAGCAAUCUUCAUGCGGCACACAGCGAAGGUGGAUAUGUGGCUACUAUGUAUUGGGGACGCAGGGACGAAGGUCUCGACGCACGCGAGGGAUGUGUUGCUGAGUCCCGCAGGUACCGUAUGAGUUGUCGUCG